CCGUUGCUGGGCAACGCUGGCCGGGCCGCGGGGGAUGCGGGCAGCAGCCGCAGCGAAGUGCGUGGGGCCGCCGUCCGCCCUCCCGCGGGGACGCGCUCCGGGGCUCCCGGGCGCCGCGCCCUCUCUUCCUUUUUGGGCCUGGCGCCCGGCAGCCCACCUUGUCUUCGGGGCCUCCCAGACUCGCUCCCGACUGCGGUCGGCCUCCCCGCGGGCUUCCCGGUCCCGCGCCUGGUUUGGCCUCAGGACACGCCCCUGUGGCGGACUGGUCAGCGGCGACCAGGCGGUAUCGGCCCACCGCGGCACGUGGCACUCGUCAGGAAGCCCCGCCGACCGAACCGCGAGGCUCCCGGCGCCCCAGGCCCUGUCCAGCGCAGCUCUGGACAGCUUCAGCCCAGCAACUGUAUGUCUCCUGCGCAGCUUCCCAUUGGGACUGCUGGCCUGGCCGCACCAAGAUGCAAGGCCGGCAGGAGCGCUGGGGAGAGUCCGUGAGUGACUUCGCAGGGGAACCGGUCGAGGUUUCCCGCCGCUUCGCAGCUGAAGGACAGAAUGGUGACAGUUGGGAACAGAUAAGGAUCCACUGCCAGCCUUCUCUGCCUGUGCCAGGUGGGAAAGCCAACAGCUCCCCAGCGGGAGAGGGCCUUCCGACUUGCAGUUGUCCAGACCCAGGAGAGCUCAGCAGCACGUGGGGGGAGUUUGAAGGCUUUCAAGAAUCUUCAGCCAAGCCUGGACUCCCUCAGUCUCUUGAACUCCUGGAGAGACCCACAGAUCCUCAGCCACUAGGAACUCCUGCCUUAAAGGAAUGUGGUUCUCAACUGCCGCACCAGGGUGGAUCCGGGGCGACAGGAACCACUUCCCACCCAUCUUCAGAGCCUGUUCUCAGGUAUGAGAACAUUUUUAGGUUUGCUUUUCAAGAAGUCACAGUUGAGCAGGUACCUGAAGAUGUUUCCACCUUAGACCAUUUAUUAGAAAUGAGCAGCGAAGAAGAUCCUGGCCUUGCAUCUGCGCAUAGACUGUGUUCUGAAUCUAGAACAUUCUGGAGAGCCCUGCAGAACACCAGCACCAUGUCUGCUUCUCGAUGCCUCCAGAGCCAGUCUCACUGCCAGGAGAAGCUCUUCCUGGUUCUCGGCAUAGAAGCCGCUCAGAAGAGUCUUUCCAGAGACCAAGGUCACAUUUCAGAAGAUUCUGACCUCAAAGGUCCUGAAGAGUUGCUGGCAGUCAGCACCUUCCACCUGCACCACUGCAGAGCUCUGAUCCAGACCAAGCUCUCAGGGACACCUGGCCACAGGCAGGGGAGCCUGAUUGCCUACAGCCUCUUUCUGAAGACACCCCUGCAUGGAAAUGGGCGGUACAUCACAAGUCCACAGAACAAGAAGGUUUUCCCUCCACGUAACCUAAAACUGGCAUUCUUUAACAGGGAUGUCUGCUAAGAACAGGAGUACAUUACGUCUUCAUGAGGCAUCUUACAUUCUUACUGGUUGGAUUUGGUACUAUUUUGUGUAGCUGUUUCCCAAAUCCACAUCAGUUUCCUGGGAUCUUUUCAAAACCCCUGCCUCAGGUCUGCUCAGGAAGCACAGGGGUGGGUCGGGGACAGAGCCAGCCCCUGUGCAGAGGGGAGGGGUUUCUGAAUGCACUGUAGCCUGCCCAGUCGGUGCCACCUGCUCCUGGUGGAAGGUGUCAGGGAUGACCCCAGGCCUGGCUCAAAAGUGGGUAUGUGCUGAAAUACCACUGAGGAGACAGCGGGGCUUUGGGAAACCCUAUCUGCACCUGGUCCUGGGCUUCUGUGCUGUUUCCUGGAAGGGCCAUGAACACUCCCCACCUGCCUUCCCACUGAUGACCUUGGGGACAGGCCUUUCCGAGUGGAUGGGAGGCCAUACUGUGCCACCCCUGGAGGUCCAGGUGGGUAGGCAGGUGGAUUUCCCUGGUCAUCUUCCGUGGCAACUGUUUUUUCCCAGGGAAGGGCCAAGCAGGCGGCACUGACUUUGUAGAGCUUUAUUUAAUAAAAGGUCCUUGG